AGACUCCUCCUCCUCCUCCAGCAUUAGCAGAUUGUUUUGUGUAACCCGCCUCAUCACAGAGACUCAUUUAGUUCCUGUUUCUUCUUUUUUUGUUGCAGCUCGUGUUUCCUGACGCUGCAGUCUGAGGAUCUGUUGUUUUUUAAAAAGCAGCAGCACAGGAGGACGAGCUCUCACUACUGUUUCCCUCAGACCUGGGAUGAUCUCAGACACUCGUUCCUGCAGAUAAAGUCUGUGACUCACAGCGUCGGUAGGAAGUCUCAGGCUGUAAUCUACGGUGGACGAGUCUUCAGCCUUUUACCGCCCAACUGUUUCUCAAAGGGAACAAUAAUACUCAUAACGAGUCGGCAGGAGCAAUAACAGGAAGUUCAGAGACUUAAUAUAUCGCCCUCACCGGAACACAAUAACAGGGAGUGGGGUCUCGGGUGUUAUUCUGGGACUUCCUGUCGGUUUAUCUGCUGAAUUCUCUCUCUGGAUGUUGGGAUGAUUCUGCACAGGAGGACGCAGGAGAUGGAGCAGAGCGGCUGCACCGAGGAUCGGAUCGAGCACGUCCUGGAGCGAUGCCUCUCCGGCCUGGGCCUCGACGCUCCCGACAAACAGCUCUGGAACGCCGGCCUGUGCAUCAACAACUGGUGUUUGGAGGAACUUGUGAAGCGAGAGCCCCGCAACUUCCUCAUCCUCCUUCAGAAGAUUCUGCAGAAAGCCAGAGAGGUGAUCCAGCAGGUUCAGUAUGAAGUGGUUGUUCCUCUCACUCUCCUCUUCUCCUCCAGCCUCCUCAAAGCUCCGUACGUCUCUGCAGACUCUGGCAUCCUGCAGGACGCCUACCUGGUGUUCCACAGCUUCCUGUCGUGGCCUGAGCCGUGCUGCUCGGCGAGUAGACGCCUGUUAAACGUCAUCCAGCAGGAGCUCAGAGCGCCAGGUGUUUCAUUUCAAAGACUGAUCAGGAGUGAGCAGGGGGUUUCUCCAGGGACUCACUGCUCCAAAACCAUGACCGUGCUGUUAGUGAGCCCGGACGACAACGCCCCUAAAGAGGUUCAGUCUGUCUCCGAGCAGCUGAGCAGGUCCAAAACCUCCAGCAGAGACGUCUGCGUCCUCCUCAUCCUGCAGGGCCUUCAGGCUGCUCUGGGCCCCAAACUGGACCUGCAGACCCUCCACUCCGUCCUGCAGACGAAGCAGCCGGAGGAGCUGCAGCAGCUGAUGGAGGCGGUGACCGACAGCGUGGAGAGAGCGGCCGCCACGCCCGACCUCAGCACAGCGAGACAAAGUCUACGACUCAGCAUGGAGAGGGUCGCAGAGAGUCUGUCUGCUCCUGCUGGAGGCCGCACACACACCGGGUCGAUCGAGACGUUCACGCUGCCCUUCCCCAAAUGUCACGCCUGCUGCUGGGAGAACGACAACUUUGAUAUUCUGAAUCACAUCCUCGCCGCAGAGUCCGACCUCAAUUCACCUUCAGCCUGCUUCCUCAAAACAGACGAGGAGGACGAGGACAUUAACGACGUCAGCGUGGACGAGGAAGACGAGCUGGACGCCGACAGGAUCGAGCAGGAGUUUCUCGACAACCGCGUCUCCUACGCGUCCUCGUCCUCCAGAGACUCCGGUAACUACCUGUCCUCCAGCUGGUCGGUCUUUUCCACGCCGUCCGGCUCGUCGGGCGUGGAAAGCGACUUCAGCGAGGACACGACGCAAGACGACGCCGAGGAGGGACGAGAGGACCAACCCAAGCUGAGAAAGAAACCCAAGAAGAAGUCCAGAUCUCUGUUGGGCGUCGAGCGUUUCUCCUCGCUCUUCAGGACGCCGCGCAGCCCGAGCAUCUGCCGCCGUGCUCAGAGUCUCGGUUACCGUGGCGAUAUCACAAAAGACGUUCAAAGAAGCGGAUCGAAGCUCAAACACUCAAGCUCUUUGUCCAGAAAAGUCCAUCCUCUGCAGACGCCCGUGGCGCCCUCUGACGACCUCUCUCCUCAGAAGCACAUGUGCGUGCGCAGGAGGCCGAUCCUGAGCUGCGACGAGGGCGACGUGCUCGUCAAGGUGGUCGUGUUCGGAGGCGACAGAGAGGCCGGCAGGCUGGCGAGGGCGUACAGCGACCUGCAGCAGCGAGAGAGUAAAUGUCCCCGACUCACUAAGACGUGCAGACUGCAGUUUUACUUUGUUCCCACCAGGAGGAAAACAUCAGGAAGUCACACGGCGUCAAACAAAACUGCUGCUGUGGAGUGUAACGGCAGCAUGCAGGAGGACAGUACAACCGACAUCGCUCAGCUGUUGGGCAGAAUUGACCCGUGGUACGAGAGGAACGUCCUCAACCUGCUCAGUCUGUCCUCUGACGUCCUCAGUCAAUAUCCGACCCAGACGUCGAGUAAAGAAGGAGACGAGUCAGUGAACGGAUGCAGCUCGGAGAGACUCCCCCUGCUGGCAGACCUGCUGAUUUACUACUGCAGACAUGCGGAGCAGCAGGUUCUGGUGCAGCUCUACCAGGCUGAGCUGACUCUGGCUGGAGGAGAGAGGAGGAGGGAGGUGUUCAUUCACUCUCUGGAGCUCGGACACUCUGCAGGGACCAGAGCGGUGAAGGCCAUGGGAUCUGCCAGCAAGAGGUUUGGAAUAGAUAAAGAACGGGAGGCCGUGCCGUUAUCACUGAGCGUCUCUUACAACAAGGUGGCUAUUAGUGGGCGGAGUCAGUGGAUCGAGACAGAGAUGGUUUGCACGUCAAUUAAUCUUCACAAAUCCUGCAUGAAACCUGAGCAGUCCGAUUCAAGGUCGGACAGUUUACAGCUGACGAUGACAGAAGUCCUGAAGAGGCAGUGCUCCAAGUCCAAGAAAGGCUUCAAUCAGCACAUCUCCGUCUCUGAGGUGAAGGUGGAUAAGGUUCAGGUGAUCAGCGGAGACGACGGGACGACCUUCGCUGUGUGUCUGGAUCAGGACGAGAAGAAGUUCAUCCAGAGUGUCACCAGGUGUGAAGUGUCUCUGUGCUGUAAACCGGGACGAGGGUCAGACUGGAGGUCUUUCAAACCAACACCGGGACAAGUCCAGCCUCUGCACCCGUCGUACUGCUCCCUGCUCUGCCUCCCGGUCACCUCCUUCUCCUCCACGCACACCUGACCAACGUUUCACCGUCACAAAGAAACCACUCAGCUCCAGCUCUCAGCCUGUCGUUAGACUGAGACAGCAUGUCCAGCAUGGAGAACGCCAUCGAUGGGACUCCAGCGCCCCCUGCAGGAACAGACGGGGGACGACACUCAGGCUUCAUAUUUACAGUCUGUGUCCGUCAUGGAUGUUAUUUGUCACUAAUGUGGAUUAUCUGCCGUCAGCAGGAUAAAACUGAUGACUUGAUUACGACUCUGUACGAAAUGUUUACAAAUGUAAGUUAUUUAUUUUGGAGAAAUAAAACUAUUCUCAA